UCGCCGUUAAAGAUCGUGCGUUCCGUCGUCGUCGGUUGCCUUCUGUCGCGAACGCAUACAAAUUUGCAGCUGCUGAGAUCCCGAAGAACUUUUAUUUUUCAAAAAUAACUUGUUUACCCCCGUUGUUUACAUAGUGUCAGGGUUGAAGCACGAGGCGGACCGAUGUUCUGGACAAUUUAAAUGGUGUUUGUAAGUGUCAAAUGUAAUGUCAUAAUAUUUUUUUGAGAAAAGACGGUUGAAGUUUUGAUCUUAUCCGUCAAUAUGGCGGACAUUUUACGUUUGGAGAGGUGCUGUAUUCACUUUUACUAUCAGCGUGCUUGCCCUAAUGGAGAAGCCUGUAAAUACCCCCAUAAAUCAAAAUUCGAAAUAGACUUGGUCGGUGACCUAGGAGACUUUGGAGUUGGAAAGCCAAAACCACAAAGGGUUUGUCGCUAUUACAAACGUGGUAACUGCAUCCACAUGGAAAACUGUCUGUUUCGUCACGACAACGACAACUCCAUGAUUGCCACCAACAACUUCCUCAACACAAACAACAAUCAAUCGGCAAGCACAAACAUGCCAUCUACCUCCCGCCAACCCAGCAAAAACCCCACUAAAUCCAUUAGUGGUCGGGAUGCUCAAAAUAACGAAACAGACACUAAAAUAGAGAACAAUACAAGAGAAACAACAGAGGCUGACAAACACAAACCGGACGAUGAGGCCGAGGAGCAGCAAGAAGGUGCGUGCGCCUCGCCGCCACUCAAGACCUCGUUGUGGGUGAACGCGCCCGAAUUUGUACCGCGAACCAGGAGCUACGCCCAAGCCCUGCACCCGGAGAUGCUCACCGACAAAGAGAGCAACGCGAAAAUGUGCCCGUACGUGAACAAGGAUGGCAUAUGCAGAAACAUCGCCAACUGUACAUAUCUGCAUGGCGAAGUGUGCGACAUGUGUGAGCGCAUGGUGCUGCAUCCGUUCAACGAGGAUAUGCGAAAGAAGCACCGUCAGGAAUGCAUUCAGCAACACGAGAAAAAUAUGGAGCUCUCGUUCGCGAUCGCACGAUCCAAAGAGAAGACGUGUGGCGUCUGUUUCGAAGUGAUAAUGGAAAAGGCCACCGGCGAACAACGAUUCGGCAUUUUACCAAAUUGCAACCACUGCUUCUGCCUCACCUGCAUCAGGAAAUGGCGACAGGCGCGUCAAUUCGAAAACAAAAUUAUCAGGGCAUGUCCUGAAUGCAGGGUAACAUCGGACUUCGUGUGUCCGAGCAUGUACUGGGUGGACACGAAAGAGGAUAAGGAGAAGUUGAUCGACGACUACAAGAAGGCACUCUCCAGAAAAGACUGUAAAUAUUUCAAGAAGGGCGUGGGAAAGUGCCCGUUCGGCAACAAAUGCUUUUACCUCCACGCCCUGGCCAACGGCACUAAAUGCGAUGUUGGUCCCCCACCACGCCAGCGCAGGUACAGGGGCUUGGACAACAGCGACAUUGAAGUGCUUCAGCAGGUAAUGCUGUGGGAAUUUUUAGAUGAACGGGAGUUCCCAUGGAGUUUGGCAGAUGAAAUAGAAGAUUUGGUGUCAUUUUUUACUGAUUCUGAUGAAUCGGACUGGUCAGACUAUGACGCUUUCUUUGACUAGAUCCUCUAUGCGAAUAUAUGAAUAAAUAUAUAUGCUGAUUUAUGUUUUUAUAAAAAGGUUUACUUCAAAUUUACUGAAUAUUAAAAAAAACUAUGAAAAUUUUUGGUAAAAUCUCUGUAGAAUAUUUCAUGUAAAUAUGUUAUGUAAUAAUAUUCCUUUAUUUCAUGGCAAUAACUGUCGUUGUUGCUUUAACUGAUGUAAAAUAGAUUACACAUAUGCCUCCUGAAAAAAAUCAACUAGAUUAAAAUGUUUCUUUCUUUACUGCUUCCCUGUAUGUUAAUUUAGUGUGAUAAUAUUCGAAAUUUAGUAGUUCAACUGUCUAAAUUUAAAUGAGCCAACCUUAGAAUUGUUUGCAUAUUCUAUUUAUUAUUGGUCAUUUUCACGUCGGUUUUAUUCACAAAUUCAAAUUAUUCAUUCAUCAUGGCAAUUCUAAGGUUUGCUCAAGUAGCUUUUUAUAGGCAAGCAACUUCACCUGUGACAUUUUACCACUGCAAAUACUAACCAGCUUUUUGUUACAUUUAAAUUGUGGACACAACACCUUUCUCUCAGUAAAUGAUAACUAACUAAAUCUACCUCAACUGUAAGUUUUUACAUACGCAUGUUUAUAUUGUAUCCUUGCCUGUAAUAAUUCCAGAAUUUCCCGUUUGUUUUAUUUAGGAAGCGCAAGUGCAAAUCCCAGUUAUCAUCAUAUACUGCGGUCCAAUUCCGAUGUACUUGCUUGUUCCGUGCAUUGUUAGAUAAUUUCAAUAAAAAACAAGACCGUUUAAUUCUGAUAUAAGAUUAACUUUCAUUUCAUUACAGUAGCAAGUUAAUAUGCAGUGGUAACCUGCCUGUUAAGCCUUUUAUUGUUGUGUGAGAAUGAAAAAUUGUCAUGGCCAGUUCUACGUAAUACCAGCAAAACAAACAAAGAACUAAAAUAUGUCUUUUCCAUUCUUUAACUGUAAUCGUUAGGUGUUGGGUCUCCUAAAAUUCAUGUAUAGGGAUUUUUGACUUGCACCACUUUAUAUUUAGUUGUAUUCGCUAAGUUUUUACCCGGUACGCAAAUAGAAUUCAUUCUUUAAUACAUGAUAAAUUGGCUGUUAGUGUACGUUUAGUACAUAUCUUAUAGGAAUCGUGUGCAAUCAGGACAAAAAUAUUACUUUUAUUGUACUGUCCUUAUAGUUUGCCACGUGACAAUACCUCCUGAAGUUCUGAAGUGCCUUCAGGUGGUCCCGGUUCACCUUUAGUCACGCUUUAAAACCUCUGAUCUCAAAAUCCAACAGACCCUUACGGUCCCGUCUCAAAUGAACAUUGUGAACGUUCAAUCCGUGCAUUUUGAAUCCCGACGUGGUGAGUCGCUUUCGAUUGCGAGUUUCCGGUUCUCUGGCUGUCAAAGGUCGACAGUGUUCAACGAAUGUCUCGCCAUUAUACAGGAGAUUGCAAGUCUCUGUGCCUAGGAUAUUUAGAAUUGUGACCUCUCGUUAUUGAUGAGGAACCCGUGCUAUGUGACCGUUGGCAGUUCAAGGGAACCGGAAAGUUUGCAGUUGUCGGGAGCUGGCCAUUUCGUCGAGGUUUCUUGCAACUCUCCAGGAGUGUUUCCUUCUACGGUGGCAAUAUUGAUUGUUUCGAGCCAUUUCGAGAUUCGAUACUCAUUUCAUUGCCUCGUCACUGUCCUCUGAGCAUUUUGUACGAUUGAUUGCGUCCGAUUCGCGAGACCAAAUUGGUGCAGUUUUUGUUUGUUGACUUAUGAAGGAGAACUGUAUCUUUUUGUUCCUUGAAUUUGGUGCAAUUCUUGUAUGGGUGCGAUGAGGAUAUGGGAGGUGACCUGUAACGGGAUGAUUUGGAAUAGUCGUAUUGUACGUGAAGACAUUGAGAGAUGGUUCUUGGGAGUUGAGAGAUGUUUGGAUGCUAUGGUUGAUUGAUUGCAAAGGUUGAUGUGGCCGUCAUAGUGUGGGGGAUGUUGCGAUUUGAAAUUCUAUUGUAUGAUUUUGGAAUUGAAACCAUUUUUAGGCACCUGCAGAUGCGAAGAUUUUUGAAAUGUGGCUUUUAUAUAAGAUUUUGGUUGCUUUAUUUCUGUGAUGUUUUUGUCGAUGAUUGUACUUCCUAGUAUUAAGAAUGUAUAUGCCCGGUGUCGGCCAGCAAAAGAAACGAACAUCUUUUUGUGGUGCUAGUAUGGAAGACAGAUGAACUCAAACAGGAGAAGCGCAGCCAUGUCAAAAAGAUCUGUGAUUGUUAGUUUGUUAGGAACAAUUUGAAUACUUUUUAGUAUUUUAGUUGACUAUGUUAAAAUUACCAGUUAUUUGUUAUAACAUGUAUUUCGUAGUUAAUAGUCGAUUUUUAAGAACAUUGUAGCAAUAUUUCUAGUUUUCCGUCAAUUUCUGUUUUGUAAAUUUCUGAAAUUUAAAUUUUUCCUGAUCUGGCAGCUUUGGUUGUUCACAAAGAAUUGGUUGGUUUAUUUGAUUAGGUAUUUACAAUUUCAGAAAUGUGUUUAUUACAUUUAAUUUAGUCAUUAUUUUUAGCUGAUAAUAUGCUUGUCUGUAAUGUGCCUAAAUAGUUUUGGGAUGGAUUGUCUUAAUCUGGGGAUUAUCUGUUAUUUGUUGGCAACAGCUAAUUUAACAUAUUUUUUUAUGGGUACAUAUUAGUUAUAUCGUUAGUUUAGAAUAAAAAAAGGUUUUUGUCAAUGUGAAACCUUAGUAAACUGUAUUACAAAAUUAUACCCUCUCUAUAUGCUAUGAAUAUUACUUUCUAGUAUUUGCUGUUCUAUGUUGAGUGUAAUUUGUAAUAUUUUAUUCCAUAUUUAACAAUAAAUCCAAAUGUAUCCUAAAUUUAGGCUAAAAAUCUAUGACUGUAAACUUAUUAAAAUAUUCGUUGAUUUUUUUAUUCUGUACUUACAUAAAUAAAUGCUACAAUAUAUGUGUUUUAAUUUGAA